UUUUCUUCCUCCUUCAUUUUUCUUCCAAAAUUGCUGCUGGUGGGUGAAAAAACAUGCCGCAGCUGAACGGCGGUGGAGGAGACGACCUCGGCGCUAACGACGAACUGAUCUCCUUCAAAGACGAAGGCGAGCAGGAGGAGAAGAACUCGGAAAACUCCUCUGCGGAGAGGGAUUUAGCCGAUGUCAAGUCCUCGCUGGUCAAUGAAUCAGAGACGAAUCAAAACAGCUCCUCCGAUUCCGAGGCGGAAAGACGGCCUCCGCCUCGCUCCGAAAGUUUCCGAGAUAAAUCCCGGGAAAGUUUGGAAGAAGCGGCCAAGAGGCAAGAUGGAGGGCUCUUUAAGGGGCCACCGUAUCCCGGCUACCCCUUCAUCAUGAUCCCCGACCUGACGAGCCCCUACCUCCCCAACGGAUCGCUCUCGCCCACCGCCCGAACCCUCCAUUUUCAAUCCGGCAGCACUCAUUACUCUGCGUACAAAACGAUUGAACACCAGAUUGCAAUUCAGUAUCUUCAGAUGAAAUGGCCACUGCUCGAUGUCCAAGCAGGAACCCUCCAGAGCAGACAAGCGCUCAAGGAUGCCCGCUCACCGUCGCCAGCACACAUCGUGCAGAGCCCCCUCCCUUGCUGCACUCAGGGCCAUGCCUGUCCGCACUUCUACACCCCCUCAGACUUCACUGUCAGCACGCGAGUCUUCCGGGACACGAAAAGCAGCCACUCCUUACAAAAGGUUGGGGAGCCCUGGUAUCUGGAGUCGAACAAAGUACCGGUGGUGCAACACCCCCACCAUGUCCACCCACUCACGCCUCUCAUCACGUACAGCAAUGAACACUUCACCCCGGGAAAUCCACCUCCGCAUUUACCAGCUGACGUAGACCCUAAAACAGGAAUCCCACGGCCUCCACACCCUCCUGAUAUCUCUCCAUAUUACCCGCUGUCGCCCGGCACUGUAGGACAAAUCCCCCAUCCGCUAGGAUGGUUAGUACCACAGCAAGGUCAGCCUGUGUACCCAAUCACCACAGGAGGAUUCAGACACCCCUACCCCACAGCGCUCACAGUCAACGCAUCUAUGUCUAGCUUUCUGUCUUCUAGGUUCCCUCCCCAUAUGGUCCCUCCCCAUCACACUCUGCACACAACUGGCAUCCCUCACCCGGCCAUCGUCACACCAACAGUCAAGCAGGAAUCCUCACAGAGUGACGUCGGCUCCCUCCAUAGCUCAAAGCAUCAGGACUCCAAAAAGGAAGAAGAGAAGAAGAAGCCCCACAUAAAGAAGCCCCUUAAUGCAUUCAUGUUGUAUAUGAAGGAGAUGAGAGCAAAGGUGGUGGCCGAAUGCACAUUGAAAGAGAGUGCAGCCAUUAACCAGAUCCUCGGGCGCAGGUGGCAUGCCCUGUCCAGAGAAGAACAGGCCAAGUACUACGAGCUGGCCCGGAAGGAGCGGCAGCUUCACAUGCAGCUGUACCCUGGCUGGUCUGCACGGGAUAACUAUGGGAAGAAGAAGAAGAGAAAAAGAGACAAGCAGCCAGGGGAAACCAAUGAACACAGCGAAUGUUUCCUAAAUCCUUGCCUUUCGCUUCCUCCGAUCACAGACCUGAGCGCUCCUAAGAAAUGCCGAGCGCGCUUUGGCCUUGAUCAACAGAAUAACUGGUGCGGCCCCUGCAGUCUUUGAAUUUGGAAUAUUAUGAUGGAGAAAAAAAAAGUGCGUUCGCUACAUACAAGGUGAAGGCAGCUGCCUCAGCCCACCCUCUUCAGAUGGAAGCUUACUAGACUCGCCUCCCCCCUCACCGCAUCUGCUAGGCUCCCCUCCCCAAGACGCCAAGUCACAGACUGAGCAGACACAGCCGCUCUCUCUGUCCCUGAAGCCUGAUCCUCUGGCCCACCUGUCCAUGAUGCCUCCGCCACCCGCGCUCCUGCUGGCCGAAGCUGUCCACGGCAAGGCCUCUGCCCUCUGUCCCAACGGGGCCCUGGACCUGCCACCUGCCACUCUGCAGCCGUCCAUGGUCCCUUCCUCAUCGCUCGCACAACCAUCUACUUCUUCCUUACAUUCCCACAACUCACUGGCUGGGACGCAACCCCAGCCUUUGUCUCUGGUGACCAAGUCUUUAGAAUAGCUCCGCCUCCUAGUCCUCCACGCGCCUGCUUAAUUGAAGUGUUUCCUUCUGGUUCUUGGUUCGCCCUUCCCUGCUUGGAAAGCUUUUGUUUUGUACUCUUUAAUUUUGUGCCGCCGUGGCUACAUGAGUUAAUGUUUAUGGAGUUCAUUGGUCAAUAUUUGACCCAUUCUUAUUUCAAUUUCUCCUUUUAAAUAUGUAGAUGAGAGAAACCUCAUGAUUCUACCAAAAUUUUUAUCAACAGCUGUUUAAAGUCUUUGUAGCGUUUAAAAAAUAUAUAUAUAUACAUAACUGUUAUGUAGUUCGGAUAGCUUAGUUUUAAAAGACUGAUUUAAAAAACAAAAAGAAAAAAAGAGAGAGAAGCAAUUUUGAAGCAGCCUCCAGAAGGAGUUGGUUCUGUAUUAUUUGUAUUAAAUACGAGCUUGCGAACCAAUCACUUUACACCUUGGUAUUUAAACCAUGAGGGCACAACGAAUGCAGUGCCGUUUCUUUCUUUUUUUUUUCUUUCUUUCUUUUUUUUCUCCCGUGUGAAACAACUUUUAUCAUGAUGUUACUUGUUAUUGUUUAAAUGUACAGAAACAAAGGGUUAAAAUGUGUUAAUAUACCUUGUUCCAUGGUGUUGUUCUUUUGGGGGGGGAGGGGACACUACUCAACAAUGAAUGGAAUCAACACUGUUGGACCAGUAGUAUUUAUUGCUUUAGAGGUUGCUUGUCGUACCUGUACGUCCGUCCAAUUUUAAAUAUGUUCUCCUUUUUUUUUUUGAAACUGUAUAAAGUUCCCCCCCCUUAGCAUAAGCAUCUUAUAUAUAACAACUCAUUUGUACAAGGUUUUUAAGUUUAUAUAUAAAAUGUGUAUAUAUUUUUUGUUUCCUUUUUUUUUGACUUUCGUUUGUUUGUUUGUUUGUUUCUGUAUAAAACCCAGAUGCCACCAAAUGGACAUUGAUAGUUGCAUUAAGGAUCAGUAGCAUUAACAGAAGUUGCUUUAAAAGCCAUUAUGUAAAACAAGACUUGAACGUUAGCGAGAGGGUCUGAGCAGCCGUGUGAGCAGCCGUGGGAACCACCCCGUUUCCCCCUUGACCUCCUAGUCAAUUGCCCUGUGCUCUUAGAACAUGGACUGACCGUGUGCAAAACUUUUAUGUGCCAAAAUUCUCAGUGACUUUAGCUUUCUCCCUCUUUUUUGAUGCCGUACUUUCUGUUCGCCAUGUUUUGCUGUGAUGUUACAUAGAUAGAUUUGUAUGUAGUUUUAAUGUCACCUAUAACAAAAUGUGUUUGGUAGCAGACUCUCCAGAAAGCAUUUUAAAUGAAGAGGUCUAAACCCUUAAGGGCCAAAAAAUUCUGUAUAUUAGAUUACUCUUAAAUGAAAAAGAAAAAAAUAAAAAAAAACCAGCUGCCGCUUUUAUGUACACAUAUUACAUACAAGUAGGUAGUGAACUUAAAAAACAAGAAAACCUAGGCAUGCCGAUGUUGUAAAAUGCUGUAUAAAGCUGAGGCCUGUUCCUUCAGUGCCAUCGUAGUUGACAUGAAGCGAUUGUAAAACUGUCUCCGGUUUUCUCUGGUUUAUUAAAAUGCUAACUAUAACAUUUUUUUUGUGUGAAUACUUUGAAUGUUUCCUAACAGUUGUGGUGUUACUGUUCUGUUCGAUGCUUAUCCCAAGUUCAUUUUUGAAUGGUUUGGAAGCCAUUUUGUAAUGAAUAAAUGUCCAUGCUGUACAGUACUUGUAGCAUGCUGUUCUGGAUUAAUAAAAGCAACUUAGUCUGUGCAGAAA